UGCUGCUGCUGCUGCUGCCGCUGCCGCUGCUGCAGCCGCCGCCGCUGCCCCGCUGCUCUCUGCUGUGUGUCAGUUUCAGACCUAGCUCCUCCAGCCCGCGGCUCCCGGAGCGACCUCCGCGCGUUCCUGCUCCCGCUUCGCCCAGAGACGCCGGAGAAGGGGCAGCACGCUGCCAGCGCCGCCCCCAGCCGCAGGGGCUUCUCCUCUCGCUCGGACCGACGACCCUCGGGAAGCAGAACCCGCUCCCCCAAACCCGACCCCCAUCAUGGCACACUCUGCACAGCUGAACAUCUUGGAGCAAAACUGCCCCAUCCAGGUGGAGCACGAUCGGAAGCGGAGGCAGUUCACGGUCAAACUGAAUGGUUGUCAUGACCGGGCAGUCCUGCUCUACGAGUAUGUGGGGAAGAGGAUUGUGGAUCUGCAGCACACAGAAGUCCCUGACUCCUAUCGAGGGAGAGGAAUAGCCAAACACUUAGCCAAGGCUGCCCUGGACUUUGUAGUGGAGGAGGAUCUGAAAGCCCAUCUGACCUGCUGGUACAUUCAGAAGUAUGUCAAGGAAAACCCAUUGCCCCAGUACCUGGAACGUUUGCAGCCUUAAUCCCAGCCCUGACAGAGCCUGGGUUGCUCCUUCAGUCUCCCUCUCUCUUUGUCUCACCAGCACUCUGUUCCUGAUUGUUCAAUGCGGCCUUUGCUUCCGUAUGGUCUCAGGAAACAUCUUCCCUGCCAGGGAACGGACUCAGAAUUAUUUUUCUAAGGACGCUUGAACACCUCAUAGGGGAGCUGCCCCUCCUCGUGCUUUGGGGACCAACUAUGGCCGCCAUGGGGCUGUUUCCCACGUCCCUCCUUUCUGCCCUCCCAGCUCUCUGCCACGUCCUCCUGAGGAGCCGUGGAAACCGGGGAGAGAUAGUGUUCCUGUUUGAAUCUUAUUGCCUCCUUGUCCUACCAGAGCGGUACCUGGAGAAAGGAUUUGGGGCAGUUAUUUAGUUUGGUUUGGGUUUCUUCCCCUCCCAUCCUUCAUCGCCUCCUGGGCUUGAUUCAAGGACCAUCACUCCCUUCCUUUUUAGGUCUGGAAGCAAGACAUUUGUCAACCACUGGAUUUUUACCAGGGCAAGGGAGGACGGUUUAGCCCUCCUAGCUCUAUCUUCCCUUUGUUGUUGCAAAGGGAAACAGGGAAGAAGAUGAGAAGGGCAGGGAAAGGAGUCGGAAGGGGGACAGAUAGUGCUCUUCCUUCCCAUCCCUCAGGAAAAAAAGUCACCAGUUGUCAAGGGGAUAUACCAGGAAUGGAUUCAUCAAAGCAGGUUCUGGCCCACGUCUCCUCCGAGUGGGAAGAGGACAUGGCUGUCUUAUGGGCUUACGCCAAUAAGCUGCAGGAAUCGGGUGCACGCCCACUUCCCUGCCUGCUAUAAGCUGAGACCCAGGUUCAUGUUCUACUGCUGUGGGGUGAGGGACUACGAGAAGAAGAGGAAGGGAAUUUAUCAGUGGCCAUCUUAGGAGCCAACCUAGGAAUAAUGCAUCUCUCCCUUUCUUUUUUCCCUCUGAGGAGAGAGGCAGGGAGCAGGAAGUUAACUUGACUGUGUCUUCAGAUGGACAAUUUUUGAUUCGCAGUCUUCCACAUUCUUUUGAAUUCUCAUCCUUUUUUCUCUCUUUCUCCCUUUAAAUAUGGUGGCUUGAAUCUAGGAGCAAUAAGCAGCACUAGGGUCUCUCUCCAUUAGCUUUGGUGCGCCAAGUCCCAGAUGCCACCCUCACCUCCUAAUCCCUUCACAAUUCCCUCCUCCAGCCAUCUGAGACCAAAGGUGGGUAAAGCACAAGAGGUAGUUUCUCUUUUCAGAAUGAUGCACGGGGGGCCUAUUUAAUUAAAAAAAAAAAAAAAGAAAAAGACAACAAAGAGAUCUUCAGCUAAAGUUUAAACUAUCCUGCAUUGUCAAAUAAACACAGGCACAUAAGUGCACACCUCCCUGUAUGAGCAUAUUGGGUAAACGCGUCAGAGGAGGGUCCACUGUGGCUGUCGUAGGGUUCUCUGGAUGGAGACUGGUUCCAUUCGAUGUGGUUGACCUUGUGCCAGACCUUAUUUCUUCUCUGUCAUUUUCCUUCCAUCCAGUCCUAAAAUUUGCCACGCCCCCUACCCAUUCCCUAUUGAGAGUGCAACUUCCCAGCUGUUUGCUGGCCUGCAGCAGAACCAAGCUGAGACCAAGCUCAGCAGCUUUGUGACCUCUGCCUUCCACAGAACUUUAUCUUGCCUGCUUAAAAAAUGGGCUUUGAGUUAGGACAUCAUGCUGAUGGCUUGGAAGUAGUUGAAUGGAGUGUCAAAGUCUGGCACCCAAUCUCCAGACUCGAGUCUCACUCCCAAAGGAUAUUUCCUUUGUGCCAGGAGACAUCAGUAAUCCAUGUUAGUGGACAAAGCUGUGCUUCUGUCUGUCCCUCCACAGCCUGGGUGAGUUAAUCAUUGAGCAGUAUUUCCUCUCAGAGAAAGGAAAAGCCAAUUCAUCCCAUUCCCCAUCCCUGUCACUAGUAGCACUUAGAUCAGAUCUCCCAAACUCCUCCUCUCCUACUUCUUUCAUUCACUGGCUCAGUAUUAUAUCUGCCUUUCUUCUGGUCUUUGGCAGAAGAGGCAGCUACAUUAGAAGUAAAGCUGAUAAGGAUGGGCUGGGGGAAAUGGUGCUUACUUCUGUGAGAAAUUGCUCUGGCGGCCUGUUCAUAGGCUUCUCCUAAGGGAAGGACCUUGGGGGCUUCAGGCCCUAGCUAGGUGACUUAUUCUUCCCUGUGACAAAUGAGAUCAGACUCUUGACAUCCCAAGAUGAAGGGGAUCCUGGGCCUGAAUAGGAAACUCAAUAGGACUAAAUGCUAUCAAAUUGAGACUUCUUGUGGAUAUUGCAUCCCCAAGUGUGCAAGGAAAUCAGCCUGGUGCUGAGUAUAUGUAUUAGUGGUGGUAGGAGUUUUUAUUACCCUAAUCCAGAAUUCUAGGACAUGGGGGGGGGGGGCGGAGGGAGGGGGAAGAGUUGGAGAGAAGGAAAGAAGCAGCAAGGGGAAAGAGUACCUGAAGAUUUUUGCUCUAACGAAUCUCCUACUCUGACCGUGCUGUGACUUAGGUCAGAAAAGUUGGCAGUGAGAUGGGAUGAGUAGAAAGCUCAGACUGGGCCUUAGGUUUCAGUGUGAGCAUUGUUUAAAUUAAAAGGCAGGACCUAUUUUCCAUUUGCCUGCACUAGUCCCGGCACUGCAGGGCCACCUCCCUCUCAUCACUAGUCUGUAUGGAAACAUCCUCCCUCCAUCCCCUACUUUCCAAGGCUCCCAAAAGGAGACACAUAGGGGUCCUGAGAGUCAUCAGCUGCAGGUGCUCAGUGCUGGCUGGUGAUACAAAUAAAUCUCUCAUGCUGCAGGUGGUUGUGAUGGGCACCUUUGCAGGCCUUGUGGCAAAGGUGCCACACUCCUAACUGCUGCUCCCUGCUGUGCAUCCUUCUGUGGAAGAGGUUGUUUCAGGACACGUCCUCUUCAUCCCCAGCCUUCUAGGAAGUUGCAAGGGAUGAAGCCAUAGGUACACCUUAACCCUCUUUUACUCAGUUCUGCCCUCCACAUACCUCUGCAGGUCAUGACAUGGCACUGCCUUUGAUGGGACAGACUGGGUAUUGUCAGUGGGGGGUGUCCCUGCUUCUUCCAGCAGGAAGGCGAGUCCUGGACAGGUUAGACCCAGUCAGGGAAAGCAGGAAAGCCCCUGGAAUGUUAAGUUGUAUGUAAAAGCUUUCAGAAGCAGAGGAAAAAGUGGUGGGAAUAAGGACUGAUUAAUAGAAAGUGGAGUUUAGGGCUGGGAUGCCUUCCUUCUUCCCCUUUGCAAACACAUACACACACAGCUUACUCGCAUCCAGUUUAAAAAAAUGGUGCUUUCCAGGCUCUGGGUCCAGGGGGGAACAUCAGGGUCAGCACACUUCCUUCCCUCCACUCUGAGCAAGCGCCUUGGUGAGGCAGAAACCUCAAAAAGCCAGCUUAAGUAGGCAGCAGCUCCCUAAGAAACCCCCUUGGCAGCAAGACCUAGGGGCAAAAGAUUGCCACGCAGGUAUAUGCUACCUCCCUCUCCCCUUUCUUUUGCAGCUUCUUAGAACAUCCUCCCUUUGAGCCCCUUCCCCAAUUCCCCGAGAUCUUUUGUAAUGAUGGGCAGCAUCAUGAAAACCAUUCUUUCUCUCCAUGACACAUCAAAGGGAGAAAUGACUAUUUACCCACCUCAGGGAGUCGGGAGGAGAGUGUGGACCAGCAUGAUGGAAUAUUGGUGUUUGCUACUUGCAGGGCCUUGCCCUGAGCGUCCACUACACCUGCAAGUUUGGCAGGAGUCCCAGGACAGAUGAGAGCAGUAGAUAUGGCAUGAGUGAGGGAAUAGUAUAAAAUCUGCAACAAAUCCUUGCAUUUAAUCCCUGUUCUUUGAUAACUUGAACCUAAGCUGACCACCCUGUGUGCUAAUGGUGACUCUGCUUUUUAAAAAUAUAUGGACAAUAAAAAAAAAAAAAAAAAACCUUAGUACUUGAAUGGACAUGGGGGCAUCUUGGCUCAUACCCAGAAUGGGUAAGUCUUCUUGAGUCACUGGUCCCCGACCCACAGAAUGCUGGAAGGCACUUCCAGGGGUUUGUCUUCAUAGAUGGCUUUUGCCUUGAAUUCCUGCUGAUGAAGCUUUCAGCUUUUCUACUGCUCAAGUUCAAGGAGGGCCCCCUGCCUUAAAGCAACUGUGAAUUAUUCCUGGCAUGGUGGUAGCUAUCCAGCAUUGCUGUGACUGUCUCGUGCCAAGAGAGAGCCCAAAGUGGGGCUGAGGCUGCCACCUUUCAAGGGGCUGAUUCUUCCCAAAUUUAUCUCCUAAGAAUUGCAGCAUGUCUGCAUUUUAAUUGUGCUUCUUCAGUCCUCCCCUUCUUAAGUCAGGUAUGAAGAAUUAAAUUCAAUCAAAUUUCUGUAACAUCAAAGGGAGAACUGGGGGCAAAGAAGAAGGAAUUGUCAAAUCACCCCUGAGCCUCGAGUUCAUUUCCCUGUCUCUUCACUGGGAUAGAUCUUCCUUAGUAACUCACUCCUUUCUGGGGAAUAGAUUUCCUUUCAAACUGGUAUUGGCUGCCUUGAAGAGAAAAGAAGAGGGGAAAAUGGCAGCCCUCUUCUGCUCAUACUUCUCUGUGUGGUUCCCAGAUCAUGUUUAUUAGGAAUAUUUUCCCAAGGAUUAUUCUCUCUUCCUCAAACUAAUAAAUUUAUAGCUAUAAACCUUGAGGCAGUUUGUACUGGCAAAAUCCAAACUAAGUUGAUAAAAUCUCCAUAAUUUAAAUGCUGCUGGUCUUGUCCCCAUUCCUUCCAGCCUCUUACCAUGCAUUCUAAUAAGCAGAGUUGACAUUUGACAACUAGCAGGCUUUAAUAUACUUUGAAGUAUACAAUUUUUUAAAAAUACCAUUUAAAGAGAUAACUAAAUGCAGACAGUUUAGUCUGCCACAGGGAAGGGCUCUUUCCCUGCCCCACUUCUCUGUCUUCCAUUGGGAUGGGUAAUAGGAAGAAGUCUAGUAGCAUACUGUUUGCUAAGCACAAGGAGUAGAUGAAGGCAGAUGAGGAAGACCCUGUCCCCCCCUCCUCCCCAGUGGUUACCAAGCAGGUCUCUGAAUUGUCUGAGGAUGUAACACUCCAUACUUUGUUCUGGGAGAAGUGGCCUCUACCCAGGGCUGGAUCCUGGAUCCAGGGCUGGAAUAUCAUAGCCUAAAUAUUUUAGCAAAGGCUACCUGAUCCCCAGCUUGUCUCGCCUACUAGGAGCAGCCGUGGACCACUUCAUUCUUCCCCAAACCUGUGAGAAUAGGAAGAUGCUUCUGUCUAGAUAAAGGCUCCAGUGCUCCCUUGUCUUGUUGCCCUCCAGAAGGGGAUGACCACUUCAUGGGCACUGAAUCUCUUUCUUGACAAAACUUUUUUGCUGAAAAUUUCCUCACCUUUCAGGGCCAAAGUCUAGCACCAACUUUUCCCUAAGCAUAAAGGUUUCCAAAAGGGAAGGAUGGCUUCCAUGUAAAGGACACUCAGUCUUCCUCUCUGAGCCCCUAUCCCUACUUUACAUUUAGGUCAACUGAUAGAAGGUGAACGGAGGGAAAGAAAUGUUUCCUAGGUAAGGAAUAUGCACAAAAGAACUCAGUGAAGAAUGUCAUGUAGCCCAAGGUUCCUCAGGCCUUUCUGGUUGCUGCCACUGGACUGCUUCCUUUCUCUCCUUCCACUUGGAAGCCCAACGUAGGUGAACCUACCUCACCUCACAAACCCUAGUUAUUGAUUAAUGCUGGAAAUCCUCACCACCCCAUGCCCUUGGGGCUGCCCCUUGGGGCUCUGGCUAAAGCUUUCAAAUUUUUGGUGCUGAAUUCUUCUCUGCCUUUCCCACUCUCAACGUUUUCCCUUCUUGACUUGUCCCUAAGAGUCCUGUACAAGGACUCGUUAGGAAAUUUAAGGAGUCCUGGGGGGUAGAGGGGAAAGGGUUGGAGCUCCCAAAAUACUUGUAAACAUUCUUCAUCAGUCUUAGGUGGAAGGUCAGGUAAGGUCAGAUUCCCUUGUAUGUCAAGGAUCAAAGCUGACUCAGCUCAGAAUGAGAUGAAAGAGGAAAAUUACAGGGGGGGAAACAAGGAUUACCCCCCCUAAAGUUUUUUUCCGAGUCAAACUCACUUGAAAUUUUCUUUUUUUCAAUGUGUCAGCCUGGUGUAUUUCCCUUUGUGCCCUGGUUUCUUUUGUUAUGUUGAAUUAAGUGGUCAAUCAUGUGCCUUUCCUACUCAGGACCUGUGACCCAUGACCUUUUGGCUACGAUUGGUCUUUUGCCCUCUCCCUUUGUCAUUAUUAAAAGUUAUGAGCGUUAUUGCAUGGAAUACAGUUUAAUAAAAAGGUGUGAUUUAA